GAUGCUGGACUAUCUGGGGAAGCAGAAGCUUGUGAGUUGAGUUGUGGGGACAGUGCAUCAGCCAGAAACAGGUAUCUAGGAAGUUUAAAUACAAGGACUUGGAACUCAACAGAAAAAUCCAGGCUGGUAUUAUAGACUUGAGAGUCAUCGGUAUAUAAGUGGUAUUGAAAGCCAGGGUAGGGGCGCUUCGUGUCUGAAUACGUAGACUCCGACGGUCACCAUGAAGUUCAAUCCCUUCGUGACCUCGGACCGCAGCAAAAACCGCAAACAACAUUUUAAUGCCCCCUCGCACGUACGCAGGAAGAUCAUGUCGUCUCCGCUAUCCAAGGAGCUCCAGCAGAAGUACAACGUGCGCUCCAUGCCCAUCCGCAAGGACGAUGAAGUCCAGGUGGUUCGAGGACACUAUAAAGGUCAGCAAAUUGGCAAGGUAGUCCAGGUGUACAGGAAGAAGUAUGUCAUCUACAUUGAGCGGGUGCAGUGUGAGAAGGCUAAUGGCACAACUGUCCACGUGGGCAUUCACCCAAGCAAGGUGGUUAUCACCAGGCUAAAACUGGAUAAAGAUCCGAAAAAAAUUCUUGAACGCAAAGCCAAGUCUCGACAAGUUGGAAAACAGAAAGGCAAAUAUAAGGAAGAACUUAUUGAGAAAAUGCAGGAAUGAAUAUAAUCUUUUGUGUAGCCGUGUUUAACUGUAGUUUUGAGCCUAAUGUGUGUUUGGAACUUUUCAAAAAUGUACCUGAAGUAUUCCAUUUCCUUCCUGUUUUGUUAUUGACCUGUGGCUCUAUAAAUCUACCCUUGCAAGUUUGAUUAAAAAUUUUAUGAAUA